UGCAAUAUUAAGCUGGUCUGUGGUGGAGAGACCCACGCAGCAACAUCAAAAAUGCUGUCAGUUCGCGUUGCAGCAGCUCUUGCCCGCAGCCUGCCUCGACGUGCUGGAUAUGUCUCAAAGAACGUCGCUGCUGCAUGUGUAGGAGUCAAGAAUCUGCACACCACCAGACCAUGGCUGCAGAAAACAGGAACAGCCGAGGUGUCCUCCAUUCUGGAGGAGAAAAUUUUGGGCGCUGACACCAGUGCUGACUUGGAGGAGACUGGCCGUGUGCUGUCCAUUGGUGAUGGCAUUGCCAGAGUGUAUGGGCUAAGGAAUGUGCAGGCUGAGGAAAUGGUGGAAUUCUCCUCCGGUCUGAAGGGCAUGUCUCUGAACUUGGAGCCCGACAAUGUUGGCGUUGUCGUGUUUGGUAAUGACAAGCUGAUCAAGGAGGGUGACAUUGUCAAGAGAACAGGAGCUAUUGUGGAUGUGCCAGUUGGUGAUGAGCUGCUAGGCCGCGUUGUUGAUGCCCUGGGAAAUGCCAUUGAUGGAAAGGGCCCUCUUGGGUCCAGCACUCGUAGGCGUGUAGGUCUAAAGGCCCCUGGCAUCAUCCCCCGUAUCUCUGUGAGAGAGCCCAUGCAGACUGGCAUCAAAGCUGUGGACAGUUUGGUGCCCAUUGGUCGUGGACAGCGUGAGCUCAUCAUUGGUGACAGACAGACAGGCAAAACGGCUAUCGCUAUCGACACCAUCAUCAACCAGAAACGCUUCAAUGAGGGAACUGAUGAGAAGAAGAAGCUUUACUGUAUCUAUGUUGCCAUCGGCCAGAAGAGGUCCACAGUGGCCCAGCUGGUGAAGAGGCUGACUGAUGCUGAUGCCAUGAAGUAUACCAUCGUGGUCUCUGCUACUGCCUCUGAUGCUGCCCCUCUGCAGUACCUGGCCCCCUACUCUGGCUGCUCCAUGGGAGAGUACUUCAGAGACAAUGGCAAGCAUGCCCUGAUCAUCUAUGAUGAUCUGUCCAAACAGGCUGUUGCCUACCGUCAGAUGUCCCUACUUCUGCGUCGUCCCCCUGGUCGUGAGGCCUACCCUGGAGAUGUCUUCUAUCUGCACUCCCGUCUGCUUGAGAGAGCUGCAAAAAUGAAUGACAACUUCGGUGGUGGCUCCCUAACUGCCCUGCCUGUCAUCGAGACCCAGGCUGGUGAUGUGUCUGCCUACAUUCCAACCAAUGUCAUCUCCAUCACUGAUGGACAGAUCUUUUUGGAGACUGAGCUUUUCUACAAGGGUAUCCGCCCAGCCAUCAAUGUUGGUCUUUCUGUGUCCCGUGUAGGAUCUGCUGCCCAGACCAGGGCUAUGAAGCAGGUGGCUGGUACCAUGAAGCUGGAGUUAGCCCAAUACCGUGAGGUGGCUGCCUUUGCCCAGUUUGGUUCUGACUUGGAUGCUGCCACUCAGCAGCUAUUGAACCGGGGUGUUCGUCUAACCGAGCUCCUGAAGCAAGGACAGUACUCGCCUAUGGCCAUUGAGGAGCAAGUAACAGUUAUUUAUGCUGGCGUGAGGGGUCACCUGGACAAAAUGGAGCCUAGCAAGAUCACAAGGUUCGAGAAAGCUUUCCUGCAGCACAUUCUCAGCCAACACCAAACUCUGCUGGCAGCUAUUAGGGCUGAUGGCAAAAUUUCUGAGGCAUCUGAUGCUAAACUGAAGGAGAUUGUGUUGAACUUCCUCUCCAGCUUUGAGUGAUUGAUUUGAUUUUUAUUCAUGUUGUUUGUCCAUAUUUGCCUAGUACAUGGUCAAUUGUUCUUUCUAUGAACUUUGAAAAAUUCAAGCGGCACUCGAGCAGCGGCACUUGAUCUUUAAUGUAUAGAUAAAUCUCAACAGAAUAAAAUAUUUCAACCCCCCUA